UGUAGUAGCCUGUGCCACAGUUCGUCUGAGAGCAUGUGAAUUGGGCACAGGGGGUCCCAAUCAAAUCGUCAAACUAAUUUCGUUCAUGUUUACAACAUUUAGCCUACAUCGCAGUGGAUCGUCAUGCCUGCCCUCAAAGCGCUGCUAGAGACGGGACUGGACUUUGUAGAAUUCUUGGGAGAGAGGAAGUCGAAAACAAGUAUAAAUGAACUGAAGGAUAUUUACAAUUUGGAAUUCAAAAGGAAUGGAGCCAAAGAUCACAAGUUCUGCAGUGUUAUCUACGCCUUACAGAAAAACAGCAAAGCCACCAGAAAACAAGGCAAAAUAUAUUUAAAUGUAACACCUCAGGUGAGAGUGUACUACUGUGAUCAGUGGAGAAGACCAGCCAAGCCAGAUGGGAGGGCUGCAGACAACGGAACAAGUGCACCACUUUCCCCUCUCUCCACCCAUUCUACCUCUCCAUCUAUGAUGAACCCGGUCCUGACGCCGAAGAAGAAGCUGGCCAAAGAAGUAGUUAACAAGCUCAAGGUGAACAGGGUAAAGUUGAUCUCUGACAAAGGUGGCAUCCAGAUAUCCUCAGAUCCAGUGGCAACCAAUGGCAGGAUUCACCUCAACAUCCAGGAACUUGGAAAGGUUGUUGUCGUCAAGUUCCACAUUCAAAACAUGGCAGCAGAUUCCAUCUAUUUCAACUACUACACUGCACUCCACCGGAUCCGCUGCUUCACUCUGGUGGAUGAGAAAAGAGUCACCCGGGUCUCUUCCCUUCUUCUCUGCCCAGGUGACCGCUACGUUGUGGAGGUGCACUACCAGCUACACCACUAUGGCCACUUCCCUGCCUCCAUGUACUUUGAGUUCUGCGCCGACCCGCCCACCUCCUCCAAGCCCUUCUGCAUUGUCAGGGAGAUGGAGGCCGUGGCCAUGACCCAGCUGGCUGUAGAGCUGGGACCCGUAGCCCCCUACAGCCCCAGGCAGGGGGCCAUGCUCCAGGCUGUGUGCACUGUGGUGGAGGAGGGAGAACCUCCAGAGAGUUUUGUCACCCACUCGCUGAAAAGUGUUGUGAAGCUGAAGGAAUACCAAUACCCGAAGUACCUUAAAGACUUGGCCAGGCAGAGACUGGAGGACUCGGAGUAUCUGUCUCCUGCUGCCAGACAGCAACUCCCAGUGGUGAGGGGUGUGCUGGACUCGCCCCUGUCCAUGAAGAGCUACUCCAGACGCUUCCACCUGCUGCUGCACCUGGAGGAGAUCCAGAUGGAGGUGGACAUCAAGAAGUACGACAUGCACGCCCAGACCAUGACCCAAGACAAGAGCAACAGAAAGCUCCUCAACCUUACUGUGCCCGGUGUGGCAGAGAACAGGCCGUCGGUGUUAAGAGGGGACCACCUCAAGGUCUCCAAGACUGGGGACAUGUCGCAGCCACUCACCGUCUACAAGGGCUAUGUGCAUCGCGUGGAGCUGGAUAACGUCAAACUAGGCUUCUCCAAGAAGCUAGUGCAGAACUUCAUCAGUAACAUGAAGUUUGAAGUGGAGUUCACCCUCAACCGCUUCCCUCUGAAGCUGCAGCACCGGGCGGUGGAGCUGGCCACCCAGCACAAGCUGGGGGACGUGCUGUUCCCCCGGGACUCCAAAGCCACUCAGAUCCCCCAGCCUCGCCUCCGAUUUUUCAACCGUGACUUGGAGAACAACCCGGAGCAGAAUGCCGCUAUCCAGUGGAUUGUUGCGGGGGGCUCCAUUCCGGCUCCGUACUUGGUGUUCGGCCCCCCAGGAACCGGAAAAACCGUCACUCUAGUGGAGGCCAUCAAUCAGAUCUGCAAGUCGGACCCGUACACCCACGUGGUGGCGUGCGCCCCGUCUAACAGCGCCUCUGACCUGCUGUGUGAGCGCCUCAUGGGCUACGUGGACGCCCACCAGCUCUUCCGCCUCUACGCCGGCACCCACAACCCCAAGACCGUACCCCCCAAACUACUGAAACACUGCAACUGGGACGAGCAUCAGGACUGUUUCGUCUUCCCGGCCAAAGAGACGAUGAUGAAAUACAAGGUCAUCGUCUCCACACUGUUCACUGCCGGAAGGCUCGUCUCGGGGGGCGUCCCUGUUGGCCACUUCACGCACAUCUUUGUGGACGAGGCCGGACAAGCCGUAGAGCCAGAGUGUAUCAUUGGGAUUGCAGGCUUGCUGCAUCCACAGAGAGGCCAGUUGGUGCUGGCAGGCGACCCUGAGCAGCUGGGGCCCAUCCUGCGGUCCCCACUGGCUCUGCGGCACGGACUGGGCCUUUCUCUGCUGGAGAGGCUGAUGAGGGAUUGCACGCUCUAUCAGAAGAAAGAAGACACGCACCAGUACAACGGGCGUUUUGUUACCAAGCUGCUACGCAACUACAGAUCCCACCCAGCCAUCCUCAAGGUGCCUAAUGAGCUUUUCUAUGACAACGAGCUGCAGGUGUUUGCCAACAAAAUGGACCGUGAAGCCUUCUGCAACUGGGACCACCUGCCGAAAAAGGGGUUCCCUCUGGUAUUCUGUGGGGUGAUGGGCAAAGACGAAAGGGAGGCCAACAGCCCCUCCUUUUUCAAUGUGACGGAGGUGGAGACCCUUAUCAGCUACCUCACAAAGCUAAUGGUCACCCAGGGCAAGAAGGGUAUUCCCAAACUCAGCUCCAAGGACAUCGGCAUCAUCGCCCCCUACAGGAAACAAGUGGAGAAAAUUCGAAAGGCCCUCAGAACUGUGAAAGAGCUAAGCAAGUGGAGUGACAUUAAGGUGGGCUCUGUGGAAGAGUUCCAGGGACAGGAGAGGAUGGUCAUCAUGGUGUCCACUGUCCGCAGCAGCGUCAACUACGUCAAGAUGGACCAAGACUUCAAUAUUGGCUUCCUUACCAACGAGAAGAGAUUUAAUGUGGCAAUGACCCGAGCCAAAAGCCUGCUGGUUGUGGUGGGAAACCCUGUUAUACUCAAGAAGAAUCCUACCUGGGAGAGGUUUAUUCGGUACUGUGAAGAGGAGGGAGGCUACACUGGCUUUGACUACAGUGAUGCAGAGGGGGAGGAUGAUGUGGUGGACAGACUUGCUGCCCUCCGCCUCAACCUGGAGUUUGACGAGAUGGAGGAGAGUGCUGUCCAACAGCAUGAACAUCCUGAGUGGCGGAGUGAACAGUGAUCGCCUGCAUAGCAGCCUCAUCUGGCCCGCGUCCAGCCCAGAUCCUAGCCAGACUCUGCAUCAAACUGGGCUGGCCAACAACAGACUGCCCUCAGCUCCUGCCAAGACAAUCAACCAGCCCGCUCACCCAAUCCUCCGCUCGAUACAACCGUUUAAGUAGAAAGUGGUGUGCUGCAAUCACACCAUCCUUUUACUGUGAUCAUUGGUUUCCUGUAGUCUGAACCCGAAAUCCAACAUUAGCACUUUGGGUCAUUCGGCCACUUAGAAUCCACAUGGACGUCAGCCAUGUUCUGUUUCAAUUUAUAUUUUUGCAUUUGCGCACUUCCCCAGGUUUUGUCCCUGUAGCAGGUCCUGAAACAGUCAUCCGUGCUGUCUCCAUGACCUCUCUGCUUAAUGAAAACCAAAGACCAAAACCUGUUCAUUUUUUUUAUUUCUGUCAUAUUUUAUUUUUCCUUUGGAAGUAUGCCAGCAGCAUCUAGUUAACAUUAUCGCUAGUCAGAUUAGAUAUACCAAACUUUCCCCACGUUGUUGCUGUGGUCAGAGUAGUGGCUUAUUAUGCAGAUCACCUCUGCUACUUUUAGUUUGUUUUCCUUACAGACAUUACUACAGAUUACUUCACCACAUUUAUGAAUUACACAUAUUAGUUUUCAAAAAAGGACUAUAACUGAGAAGUGAGAACCUUCUCAGUGAUGUUUUCCCGUUUCAUUAGUUACAGGAGAAGCUUUCUACAAGGGAUAUUCUUAUCAUUUCCAAAUGAGAGGAGAAUACUUUACCCCUUUCGUGCUAGAUAUCAUCUGACACUGGAAUGGAUAGGCUCUUAUGUGGUGCUGAAGAGAACCAAAUCAGUGCCUGUAUCCGUCUCAAAAAUCACUGUCAUCUGGUUUAAUAGUAAAUGGGAUUGUAUUUUUCGGACUAUUCCCUCAGUAAAAAAAAUGUUUUUGCUGUAAUCGAACCGGAAAAGCAAUAAAAAAUGACUUGUGUGGA